GUGUAGUUUUCCGCUUCCAUAAACAAGACGGCUGCCAGGGUUAGCUGCCAGUCCUGAGUGCCUCUUGGGCUGAGGCGCUCUCUGAGGGGGACAGACAUACUGACAGGGAAAGUGAGCAAGGGACGAAAGAGGGAGAAAGUGAGAGAACGGGAAGGAGGGCAGGCAAAAAAGACAGGGAAAAAAGAAAGAGGAGCAAGAGUUGACAGAAGAAAAGGAGCAGAAGAAGAAGAGAGAGUCAAAUAAAGACUGAGUUGAGUCUCUCUCUCUCUCUUCUCCUCUAACUGAACAGAUUAAGUCAUGGCCGAGAACAACACAAAUCUCUUUCUGGAAAUACUUCAGUCUUUUGAUGCGGUCCCUCUGAUAAUAGCCUUCUGCGUGUCCAUGGCGGUGGGCCUGGUUUUGGGGGCCCUGGUUUACGUGAUCUUGACCUGGAUGUCCCGCCGCAGAGCAGGCUCUGCCAGCAUCACCCGCCGCCCCCCUCGUCAAUCACGCACCAGCUCACGCAACCGCCCCGGCUUUAACCGCAACAGCAGCUACGACCGGCGCAGCAACAACAGCUUGGUCAGCGCCGCUUUCAGCUUCCACCGGCAGACGUCCUCCCCGGAUCACUUCGACCCGCUGGGGCACAAAUCCAGCUUCAGGGCCUCCACUUUCCACCCGCUGCUCCAAUGCAGCCAAAUCGCAAGGGAGGCAGAGGAGGGAAGUCAGACCACGCUGCCUCGAACCCCGACUCUGACCUCGACGACCGGAUCGGCUCACACCUCGACCCAGGCAGCUGCCACCCCACCUAGACCUGAGUCGUUUUGGGGGAACAAUGGUGUGAGGGGUCUGCAGGCUACACAGACCCCACCUCCGGCUUAUGAGAGCAUUAUCAGAGCCUAUCAGGAGACAUGCACCUGAGGAGGAGGAGAGGGAGGACCAGCCUGACACUAAAUGAAGGAGGUGAAAAAUGGAUUCACGAAUGAUACUGGAAUUAAGCUGUCUUGAUUUAUGUGACCAGGUGGAGCUGGGCGGAGUGAACAUUAAAGGAGUCAUGGUCAAUGGAGUGUCAACAACAAUCUGCAGCAACAAUCAGCUUUGGUUAGUUACUAAUAUAUAUCUGCUGUCGACAAAAGCAUACUUGAGUGUCAGCAUUCCAUACGGAUUCUUUUCAAUUUGAAAAUCAUUGUUUGGCACUUUCAUGGUGUAUGCUUGCACAGGAUCUUUGUUUAGUGUCGACCAGGAAAAUCUACAUCCAUGAUGCAAGGCAAGAUUUUUCCCUGCUGAUCAUAGAAUAACUAUGCAAGAGAGAGAGAUAAAGUGUGUGUGUGU